GCAGUCGCCGCUCCGCGGCGGGAGCUGACCGGCCGCGCCGUCGUCACCGUCGCCGCCUCGGGGUCCCGGCCCCUGGGCCCUCCUGCGGCCGCCAUGAAGCUGCGGGUCCGGCUUCAGAAGCGGACCUGGCCGCUGGAGAUGCCCCAAGCGGAGCCGACGCUGGGGCAGCUGCGCGCGCACCUGAGGCAGGCCCUGCUGCCCACCAGAGGGUACAGUUCUGAUACCCGGUUUGCAAUUACAUUGAACAACAAGGAUGCCCUCACUGGAGAUGAAGAGACGUUGGCUUCAUAUGGGAUUGUUUCUGGGGACUUGAUAUGUUUGAUUCUUGAAGAUGCCAUUGCAGCACCUAACUUACCUUCAUCCACAGAUUCAGAGCAUUCCUCACUCCAGAAUAAUGACCAACCCUCUCUGGCCGCCAGCUCCAGUCAGUCCAGCAUACAGGAUGAACAACUGCAUGAUUCAUUCCAAGGACAGGCAGCCCAAUCUGAUGUCUGGAAUGAUGGAAGUAUGUCAGGGCCUAGUCAAAAUUUUGAAGCUGAGUCAAUUCCAGAUGUCGUGGAUGCGGAAGAGGGCACAGGUUUCUAUCCCUCAGAACCAAUGCUCUGCAGCGAAUCGGUGGAAGGGCAAGUGCCACAUUCAUUAGAGACCCUGUAUCAGUCAGCUGAGUGUUCUAACCCCAGCGAUGCCCUGAUAGUAUCCAUACAUCUUCUCAUGUUGGAGUCGGGUUACAUACCUCAGGGGACUGAAGCCAAAGCUGUGUGCCUGCCGGAGAACUGGAGGUCGGGGGGCGUGUACAGGCUGCAGUACACUCAUCCUCUCUGCGAGGGUGGCUCUGCUGCUCUCACCUGUGUGCCUUUGGGAAACCUCAUCGUCAUAAAUGCUACACUAAAAAUCAACAAUGAGAUUAGAAGUGUGAAGAGACUGCAGCUGCUGCCAGAAUCUUUUAUUUGCAAAGAGGAAUCAGGGGAGAAUGUAGCCAAGAUAUACAAAGAUCUUCAGAAGCUCUCUCGCCUGUUCAAGGACCAGCUGGUAUAUCCUCUUCUGGCUUUUACCCGACAAGCACUGAACCUACCAGAUGUAUUUGGGUUGGUAGUCCUCCCACUGGAGCUGAAACUGCGGAUCUUCCGACUUCUGGAUGUUCGUUCUGUCCUGUCUUUGUCUGCAGUUUGUCGUGACCUCUAUAUUGCUUCGAAUGACCAACUUCUGUGGAGGUGUUUAUAUCUGCGGGAUUUUCGAGAUGGUACUGUCAGAGGUCGAGACACAGAUUGGAAAGAACUGUACAAGAAGAGGCACAAACAAAGAAAAGAAGCUCAGAGAGGGCGGCAUGUGAUGUUCCUGCCAUCGUCACCCCACCCCAUUCCAUUCUAUCCUAACCCUUUGCACCCCAGGCCUUUUCCUCCCAGUUCUCUCCUUCCUCCAGGAAUUAUUGGUGGUGAAUAUGAUGAAAGACUAACCCUUCCUUAUGUUGGGGAUCCAAUCAAUUCACUCAUCCCUGGGCCUGGGGAGACACCCAGACAGUUCCCUCCACUCAGACCACGUUUUGACCCAAUUGGCCCCCUUCCAGGACCUAACCCCAUCUUGCCAGGGCGAGGUGGCCCCAAUGACAGAUUUCCCUUAAGACCUAGCAGGGGUCGGCCAACUGACAGCCGACUACCAUUCAUGUGACUGAUUUAUAAUCUCAUGCUGGAGCUUGUUUUGGUUUUGGUUUUUCUUAAAACUACAGACGUCAUCUUGUUGGGGUGCUAUCUCUAGUGUUUUCUGAUUGUGGUGGUGAGAAAUGCGCUCACAGAAGCCUUUUGGUAGAUAUAUUUAAAGCUCCAGCGGUGUUAUAGUCCAAAGGUUACUGCAUGACAGGAUUGGCCUUGGGAAUGGUUGGUUCCUGACAUCCCCUCUCUGAAUUACCCUCUAGAAUGAAGGUUAGACAUUGAUAACGUUCUACACCAGAAUAAAAAAAAAUAUUAAGUGU